UAAUAAUUUUUAAAUUCACAGCUAAAAAUGUCUUGUAAACCUGACGAAUGGCUUGAAACAAUCAAGGGAGGAAAAUGACUCCCCGAGAAAGACUUGAGAGUCCUCUGUGAGAAGGUUAAGGAAAUCCUGAUUGAGGAGAACAAUGUCCAACCAGUCAGCGCUCCAGUGACUAUCUGUGGAGACAUCCAUGGACAGUUCUACGACCUUUUGGAGUUGUUCAGCAAGGGUGGUGAUAUUCCUGACACCUCCUACAUUUUCAUGGGAGAUUUCGUUGAUAGAGGGUACAACUCAGUUGAAACUUUCGAAUUGCUCCUCGCUCUCAAGUUAAAAUAUCCAGCCAACAUAACACUCUUAAGAGGAAAUCACGAAUCCAGACAAGUAACGAGCGUCUACGGAUUCUACGAUGAGAUCCUAAGAAAAUAUGGAAAUGCCAAUCCAUGGAAAUAUUGCACUGAUGUGUUCGAUUACCUUGGCAUCGCUGCUCUAGUUGAGGGUAAGCUGCUCUGCAUCCAUGGAGGACUCUCCCCAGAUGUCAAGACCAUCGACCAGAUCAGAGUCAUUCAGAGAUGCAAAGAGAUUCCUCAUGAGGGACCUUUCUGCGAUCUCAUGUGGAGUGACCCUGAAGACAUCGACACUUGGGCAAUGAGUCCAAGAGGAGCCGGAUGGCUCUUCGGGUCCAAAGUCACCAAAGAGUUCAACAGAAUCAACGACCUCAGCCUGAUCUGUAGAGCACAUCAGUUAGUCCAGGACGGAUACAAGAUUUGGUUCAAGGAUCAAAACUUGGUAACGGUCUGGUCAGCUCCUAAUUACUGCUACAGAUGUGGAAACGUCGCUAGUAUUCUUCAGGUCGAUGAAAAUCUUGAAAACAAGUACGAGAUCUUCUACGCUGUUACUGAUAGCUCUAAAUCAGUACCUUACAGGAACGUAGUCCCAUACUUCUUGUAAGUAAACACAAACUGCCCUGGAAUCACUCCAGUAGAGCAGUUUCUUCUCGAUAAUAGGAUCUACGCGCCUUGCUUGAGGAAAGCUUAAAAUUCUUAGAGAAGAAAAUUGUUAUCUUUCCAUAUUCA